AUGGCGGAGAAUGACGUGGAUGUAGAGGCCAAGGACGCGCCAGCGGCUGUGGCGGACUUGGGAAGUGGUGACGCAGCAUUGGGUACGAGAGAUGACGUUGGCACGACUACCGCCGCGACCAGCACGAGUGGAGUGAGGACUCAACGGCAAAUAUCUAUAUUGAGUUGUUUAUUUUAUAGUUUGUCUUCUUUUGUAGUGACUGAGCAGUGCGUGGACGCGGGCAAGAAGGACGCGAGUACUAGUGCUGCAACCACGGUGAAGGACGACGCGCCAAUGUCGGUGGCGGACGACGGCAACGAUACUGCGGAUCCGGCGACACGCGUAUCAAAUGUGGACGAAGGUGACGCGAAUGUGGAAGAUGGUGACGCGGUUGCGGACUCGAAUGUGGACGAGGGUCACGAUGAAAAUGCACUGAAUGAGGAUGGUGAUACGGCUAGCGGUGUGGAUUUUAUCCGUGGGUCACUUUCGCGCCGAUCGGACCGAUGCUGA